AUGCGCUUUGCUUUAGUUGCUGGUGCUUUGGUCCUUGGUGCUACCGUUUCCGAUGCACGUUCAGUCGCGCCCAGUCCAUCGAAAGGAACCACAGAGACUAUAGAAUUUUCGACCCCUUCUCGUAAUUUGAAAAGAGCACGUCAGGAUGAUGGUGAUUGGAAUCCUAUAUUCGAGUCAGACGAUGCAUCUGCCAACCAGGACAGCAUUGACCCGUCCGCAUACCAAUCUCAACCCCCUAGCGGUGGAAAACCCACAAAGAAAUCUCGCGCAUCAUGGACCUCAGACGGAGUCAACCGAACUACGUUGCCUGACUCGCUAGAGACGACCGGUGACCCCGCCUCUGAUACUCUUAGCCAGGUACUGCCUCAACAGAUUCAGAAUCAAAUAAUUCCUGAUUCCUCGGGAAAUUCAUCCGGACCGGAUUCACCCGCGUCAGACGAUCGUGCAAACCUCAUCGACCCGGUGUCUCCUACAACCACCCUGGCAGCGGUGGCCCCUAUCGAAGUCACACAAACUCUUGAUGAAGAUAUUACGGCCCCAGAUCUGACUGCGGUGGUCAACCAUCUCAAAACCAAAGAGGGGUCCAAGCCUUCAAUUGCUCUUCUUAGAGCCAUCGAAAAAUACCGUCAGGCCGUCUCUCAAGAGGCUCAAGUUGAUGUUGCGAAUGAUGCCCAGUCGAGAUCAGUCACACUGAAAAAGCCAGUCAACACGACCAACUCCUUCGUUUCCCCUGCUGUAAAAGGACAGGCAUUGUCUUCCUCUCCUUUGGAAAGUCCGCUCGAUCCAAUAGCCGCGGAUGCCGCUGGACUUUCCACCGACCCUUCCUCUUUACCUCAUCUCAUUCCCACGGGCUCCCUCGAUAACUCAACCCUGGUCAACGCCACCGACCCCGGUGUGGUCGGCUCUGCACCGCCCGACUCUGACCUUGCGGAAGUUUGGGAUGAAUAG